AACCUAUGUCGUUAGGUUCGAUAAUAAAGGAGGAAUUUAGAGUAAUUAUUUUAAAAUUAUAAAAUAAAUUUCACAAUCGAUCUUGAGUUGGAACUUUUACAAAAUCUUUGAGAAAUAUAGAGAUAUAACUCUAUAUCAAAAUUAGUUUAAAUAUAUCUCUCAUUAUAAUUUUGAUUCAAAUAUAUUUUUUUUCCAAAUAUACCCUUUUAAUCAUAUUCUGACAUAAAUUUACCUUUAAUUUUAAUGAAAUAACACAUUUAAAAAUUCCGCCGUAUACUUUUUAGCAAGUACUUCUGAACCGAGGCGUCCAAGGGAUCAUUUUUCCGUCGAAACAAUUAGCUAAAAGAAACAGAAGAGCUAGAGCAACAAUGGCGUCGGCGUUGAGAUCUGCUAUACUCCGACACAUAAGGGUGCCGGCAACCCAAGUCGUAUCUGCAAAUGGAUCGAGGCUAACUGCUGUGAGAUUGAUGUCGUCGCACGAUGACCAUAUCACCAAAGAUGAAGUCAUCAACAGAGUCCUUGAUGUCGUCAAAUGCUUCCCUAAAGUCGACCCUUCUAAGGUGACCCCGGAAGUUCACUUUGAGAAGGAUUUGGGCUUAGACAGCUUAGAUACGGUAGAGAUUGUAAUGGCUCUGGAGGAAGAGUUCAAACUGGAGAUUCCAGAUAAGGAAGCUGUCAGGAUAGAGUCCUGCGAACAGGCAAUUGAGUAUGUUUAUAAUCACCCAAUGUCGAGUUAACUCGAUGCACUUUUGUUGGUUUGAAUUUGUUCAUCAAAACCAAAGGUACACUUGCCCCUUGUCAUUUGACCAGUUCAAGGUCGUAGAAUUCUGUGAUCCUCUUUAGGAGAGGCAAUAAUCAGACUCUUAUAAAGACAAGUUGUGCAAGCUUUUCAGUUAAAGAACACGCCAUCCUUUGUUGUUUUCUUAAAAAACACGAAAUUAAGUGUUUAUUUUGUUGCG